GUUUAGCGGAUUAGUGGUCAUUCAAUCUCAUCAGCCAUGGCGCUUCUUUCCUCUCUACAUUCUCAGUCCCUUCGUCCUCACAUUACUCCCUCUUCAGCUGUUUUCUCUCACCCUACAAGAUUCAAGAAAUCCCAUGAUCAAAAUACUGUUUUUUGCAAAACCAAUCAACAAGAUCAAGAUUUACGCCUAACUAUCGAAGAACAAUCUCUAAAAGUUCAAAGAAGAGAUCUUUUGUUACACACUGUAUUCGGCGCUUUGUCUAUACCUGCUAUGGUUCCAUUUGCAUAUGCAGAGGAAGUUGUGCCAGAGGGUUUCCAAAUUUACUCCGAUGACGUGAACAAAUUCAAGAUAACGAUUCCUCAAGAUUGGCAAAUAGGAGGAGGAGAAGGCAAUGGAUUCAAGUCUGUUACUGCAUUCUACCCUUCAGAAGCUUCAAAUUCAAAUGUGAGUGUAGUGAUCACUGGGCUUGGUGCUGAUUUUACCAAGUUGGAAUCUUUUGGCAAGGUCGAUGCUUUUGCAGAGAACUUGGUUAGCGGAUUGGACAGAAGUUGGCAGAAACCCCCUGGUGUUUCAGCUAAACUCAUCGACAGCAAAGCCACUAAAGGAAUGUAUUACAUAGAAUACACACUUACGAAUCCAGGGGAAAGUGCAAGACAUUUGAUUUCUGUUCUUGGAAUUGCGAAUAAUGGUUGGUAUAAUAGAUUGUAUACUCUCACUGGACAGUAUAUUGAUGAUGAAUCAGAGAAAUACCGUUCAAAGAUUGAAAAGGCAGUUGCAUCAUUCAAAUUAUUACACAAGCCAGGAACUCAACAGUUCAAGUUGUGACAUGAUAAGAAGAAUAAAUUUCAUAUUCUGAGUUUUGUGAACAAUUCAGCUACACAAAUUUCUUCAAUCUCAAAUUAUGUUGUGCAUUGCAUCUACACUAAUUGAAGCCCAUGGCUUGAUUCAUAAACCCUAAUCACAAAAUGGUGAUGGAAAUAUAGAGGAUAACAAGAUCAAGAAACUAUUGUACAAACUACAAAGAAAAAUCAAGAUAAUUCGGUUUUAACUUUUUGUUCCAUAUUUUCAUUCCUAUUUGUUCCAUCAUUUUUGUGAAACAAAAUCGAUAGCUGAUCAGCAAACAGAAGAUUCUGCAUUUGUUGGAGUUGUUGCCAUUCUUUCUCCAUUUGUAAUUCAAACUCCUCAAAACGAAUAAUCUUAUCAAAAAAAAAAAUACCUGAACUUCAGCAAUAUCAGAAAUUGUUUUUACCAAAUCCUGUUCUUCCUUCUCCAGCUGUAAUUUUGCCUCAAGAUAUUUUCCUUCCAAUGAAUUUUUGUUGCUCUUACCAUUUGUUAUACUACCUUGAUCUUUUGCAUCAUCAGCAGAUGAUUCAAGAAUUUCUUUACUAGUUU